GCUGAACCAAUUCGUGUUGUUGUCACCGGUGCUGCCGGCCAAAUCGCCUACUCGCUCCUCUAUAUGAUCGCUCGCGGAGAAGUAUUUGGCAAAGACCAACCCUUGAUUUUGCAUUUAUUGGACAUUCCACCAAUGGUUGGUGUUUUAGAAGGUGUUGUUAUGGAAUUGGCCGAUUGUGCCUUGCCAUUGCUUCGUGAGGUUGUUCCAACCACCGAUCCUGCUGUAGCAUUUAAGGAUGUAUCUGCCGCUUUCCUAGUUGGAGCUAUGCCGCGUAAGGAAGGUAUGGAACGUAAAGAUUUGUUGUCUGCCAACGUGAAAAUCUUCAAAGCACAAGGUCAAGCAUUAGACAAAUAUGCCCGCAAGGAUGUCAAAGUCUUGGUUGUUGGCAAUCCAGCUAACACUAAUGCUGUCGUCUGUUCCUUCUAUGCCCCCUCAAUUCCACGUGAAAACUUUAGUGCCAUGACCCGUUUGGAUCAAAAUCGCGCUACUGCACAAAUUGCCGCUAAAGCCAAGGUUCCCAUCAGCCAGGUUAAAAAUGUAAUUAUCUGGGGUAACCAUUCCUCUACCCAAUUCCCAGAUGCCAGUCACGCCGUAGUUACUGUUGAUAAUACUGAGAAGUCCGCCGUAGAAGCUGUUGGAGAUGCCGAAUUCCUAAAGAGUUCUUUCGUUGAAACAGUCCAGAAGCGUGGUGCUGCCGUUAUUGCUGCACGCAAGAUGUCUUCGGCAAUGUCUGCUGCUAAGGCCGCUUGUGACCAUAUGCAUGAUUGGUGGAACGGUACUGCCCCCGGCCAAUAUGUUUCCAUGGGUGUUAUUUCUGAUGGCAGCUACGAUGCUCCCAAGGAUGUUAUCUACUCCUUCCCUGUGGAAAUUAAGAACAAACAGUGGAAGAUCGUUCAGGGUUUGUCUUUGGAUGACUUUGCUAAGUCUAAAAUGGCCAUUACUGGCAAGGAAUUGUUGGAAGAGAAGAAUGAAGCUAUGGCCGUCUGCAAUGCCGAUUGACUAGCCGGCCCAGCCGACUCAAAAUUGUAAAUUAACAGCUUAACAAGUGCUG